UUCUUUCCACUGCCCGUAGGACCAUGGCUUCCACUCCCGACUUUAACAAGUGCCUCUACGCCCCUCUCUCCGAAAUCGAUCCCGAAGUCCAAAACAUCAUCGACAAGGAAACAUGGCGGCAGUACUCUGGUCUCGAACUCAUCGCUUCUGAGAACUUGACCAGUCGGGCAACCAUGGAAGCCAACGGCUCCAUUCUUACCAACAAGUACUCCGAGGGUCUCCCCAACGCUCGUUACUACGGUGGUAACGAGUGGAUCGACGAGCUUGAGAUUCUCUGCAGGAAGCGUGCUCUUGAGGCAUUCCAUCUCGACCCAAAAAUAUGGGGUGUUAACGUCCAGCCCUACUCCGGCUCGACUGCUAACUUCGCUGCCCUCACUGCGCUCCUUCAACCGCAGGACCGUCUCAUGGGUCUCGGUCUCCCUGACGGUGGCCAUCUCACCCACGGUUACUACACCGCCAAAAAGAAAAUGACCGCCUCCUCCAUCUACUUCCAAUCCUUCCCCUACGGCCUCGACCCCGACACCCAGCUCAUCGACUACCCCAAACUCGCCUCCCAAGCCCGCAUCUUCAAACCCAAACUCAUCAUCUGCGGUGCCUCGGCUUACCCCCGCGACUGGGACUACGCCAGUUUGAGGAAGACGGCGGACGAGCACGGCGCGUACUUGAUGGCCGAUAUCGCACACACGAGCGGUCUGGUCGCGGCGCAGGAGUUGGCGGAUCCAUUUGAGUUCUGUGAUGUCGUUACGACUACUACGCAUAAAACCCUCCGUGGUCCCCGUGCCGGUCUCGUCUUCUUCCGCAAAGACGGCCCCACGCGCGCCGACCUCGAAAAACGCGUGAACGACGCCGUCUUCCCUGCCUGCCAAGGCGGACCUCACAACAACACCAUCGCCGGUAUCGCCACCGCUCUCAAGCAGGCCGCCGACCCGUCCUGGAAAGCCUACGCGAAACAGGUCGUGGCGAACGCGAGGGCACUGGCGGACGAGCUCGUCAAGGAGGGAUAUAAGCUGCAGACUGGCGGGACGGACAACCAUUUGGUGCUUUGGGAUUUGAGGCCUCUUGGGUUGACGGGCAGUAAGGUGGAGAAGGUCGGCGAUAUGUUGGGCAUUACUAUCAACAAGAACGCCGUCUCCGGUGACGUCUCCGCCCAAGUCCCUGGUGGAAUCCGCCUCGGCACCUCCGCCCUCACCUCCCGCAACAUGCUCGAAUCCGACGUGCGCACCGUCGCCCAAUUCCUGCACCGCUCCGUUCAGCUCUCGCUCGCACUGCAGAAAGAGGCCGGGACGAAGCUGUUGAAGGAUUUCGUGAGGGUCGCGUCGGAGGGUGAGGGCGAGGGCGCGAAGCAGGUGAAGGUGUUGGCGAGGGAGGUUAGGGAGUUUGCGAGGAGGUGGCCGUUGCCGGGUGUUGUGGGCGAGAUUAAGAAGCCGGCGGGGAUUGAGGAGGAGGAUUAGAGGAUUAGACUCUCGGGUAGAGAGUCGGUCGCGGAAGGCGGACUGUUCAUCCAGUUCGUGGUUUUGUGACGAUGGGACCGGAUGGUCGCGGGGCAGUAGCGAUCUGCUCAUCCAGUUCGCGGGCGUCGUUCAUUGAUUCAGUUGGUUUUUGGUCCGUUGAGGUUGGAGUUCGACGUGGAGGGUGAGUCGAGUUUGGGCUGGGUUGCGUGUAUGAUUUUGCGGCAGCUUCACUGUAUUAUCUCAGAAGAUUCAACGUCGUUGGAUGGAUGAACCAAAACGGACUUCAACAUCGUCCGGUAUCGCUCCUUUCACGCUAUACGUCACUUGUAGAUUACAGUACAUCCACCGUCGUUUGCGCACGAAUGCAUACGUAGAUGGUUUUCUU